AUGGACUGGCAGGACAAGGCAAUGUUGGUCAUCGAUGAGGUGAGCAUGCUCGGAGCUCGGACGCUGUACGCCGUGAAUGAGCAGCUCUGCAGGCUGCGCGGAUCGCAGCAGGAUUUUGGGGGCAUACCCAUCGUUCUCUUUUGCGGAGACUUCCAUCAGUUUCGUCCUGUACAGGAAAGGUCGAUCCUUCUUCCCAGUAUGGUCGUCUCAUGGGACGAAGACAACCCGUUCAAGGCCGAGCAACGGCACCAGCAUGACAAGGCGCACGCGCUGUGGAAGAAGUUCACGACGGCUGUCAUGCUGGAUGAACAAGUGCGUGCGGCAGGAGAUCCGGUUUUGCAGAGACUGCUGAAGCGGAUCCGACUGGGUGUGCAGGAUCGCACAGAUUUAGAACUGCUCAACUCAAGGUGCUACCGGGAGGAUAGGCGGAUCCCAUGGGAGACGGGCAUCACCGUGGUGACACCACUGAAUAGGAACCGGUGGAACCUAAAUAUGGAGGCAACCUUGGCGUUCCAGAUCCUGCAGCGGUCAAUAAUGCGAAUCUUCAUCUCCGAGCACAAAUGGAAGGAUGGCCUGCCGACGGAGGAAGAAGCCAUCAUGAUGCUAAACCAGGGCGACGAUAGCGCGAUACCGGUACCAGCCAUCUUCAUGUUCGUGCCGGGGAUUCCUGUCGUUGUGAACCACAAUACCCACCAAGGGCUGAAGUUGGUCAACGGUGCCAGCUACACUGCUCUGGAGGUCAUCCUCGACGAGACCCACCCGGGCCAUCGGAUCUCGGCCGAUAUGACGGUUCACUUCGGGCCGCCAGCGGGGAUAAUCCUAGAGUCAGAGACAACAAAGGAUAUCCACUUCGUCGGGAUGCCGUCCGGCACGGUCCUCUUGACGCCCAUGAGCGUUAGAAUCCAAUGCCAGCGAAAGAGGCCGUGGCAGCGCAACGACGUCAGCCGGAAGGGUUUGCCGUGCGCGGCGGCUUUUGCGUGCACAGACUACAAGGUGCAGGGCAGGACGCUUGAGCGCGUAGCACUGGAGUUGCGCGGGACGAGGACGACGAAUGUCGACGGACGCAUCGUCCCCUCGCAGUGCGACCCGUACAGCCUGUAUGUGCAGCUGUCGCGAUGCUCGUCGCUGGAUGGCAUUAUGCUCGUGUCUAAGGUACGGGAGAGAGACUUGGUGGGCAACUGCGUCCCCCCGGAGAUGACUGCCGCGCAGGCGAGACUGGAGCAACUGAGCAAUAGGACCAUUCGGGAGGCCAUGUGCUGGUUGGACGACGAUUCCUAA